ACUAAAGAGAUCUCAGCUGGUAGAAAUAGAGAGAAAUGGCAGGAUCAUCAUCAAGAAGAGCUACUUCCAAUUCUCAAUUGUUUCCUUUGUGUGUCAUGUUCUUGUUUGCAACAAUUCUGCUAUCUCAUGCAGUUGAGAGUUAUGGGCUGUCGGUACUCCGUCCUUCAGAUUGCCAGCCAAAAUGCACAAGUCGUUGCUCGGCGACAUCACAUAAAAAGCCAUGCAUGUUUUAUUGUCUCAAGUGUUGCUCCAAAUGCCUCUGUGUACCACCAGGAACCUUCGGGAACAAACAGACAUGUCCAUGUUACAACAACUGGAAGACUAAAGAAGGGAGACCUAAGUGUCCUUAAACUUUAAUCAUUCAGGGGAGAAAAGAAAUGACAAGGUUUUGGCUUUGCUAGCUUCAUUUUCAGUUGCUCACUCUCCAUGAAAAGCUUAGUAGUAAUGUAAAGCGCCAAUUAAUCAUUAGAUAUUGGUUGCUUGUUCGGGUUUGUGUCGAUUGAACUUUAAGAUUUUAAAAUUUUAACAAUACUUAUGUGUGAGACCAGCUUCAUUUGUCAUGCAAAACCCUAAUUGAUAUUCGAAUGGGCCGGUGAACUCAACUCCUUAACAAGUUCUUUUGAGUUUCUAGCAUUUUACGCUUCAAGCAAAUUUGUAUUCCUUCUUCUAGUUUUAAUUACUUUAGUUUAAUCUUA